GCACGCAGCUCGCAGCGCAGUGCAGCACCAAGAAGAACCCAAGCAGCAGCAGCAGCAGCGGCUGCCUCAGGCACCCACAAGACCAACGGCCUUUUAAUCUUGUGGCCUUAGGCUGCAGCUCUCUAUCCCAGAACCUAAUGGUGCAGCGAACAGUUGAGGCAGCACCGCCCGCCUACUUGCAGGCGACCGUUUGGGUAUGUAGACCGCGCUUUGGACCCGUCGAUAGUCGCUGUCACCGCCGCCGUCAGCUGCACCUCCGCCACCAUCGCCAUCACUGCCAUCUACUAAUUAUCACCACCCUCACCACCCCCUGCACUCCUUUCUCCGUCAGCUGCUCGUCGCCCCAACUGUUGGGCCCGUGGCUUGACGCGCUCAUAUUGAAUUGCGCCCUUCUUUUGACCUCUACGCCUCCUCUCCGCAGCCCAGUCUUGUUGGUCCGGCAGGGUUCUUCUAAGCGACCCCGACAGACAGAGCAGAGCAAGACGUAACGCAUACGAAGACUGAUAAUACCGCAUCGUGUCAAACCCUCCCGAUCCGCCGCCCAAGCCUCAUACCUCGUCCACAUCUCCUACCAUACCACACCCUCCAGCCUCACCUCUAUUCACAGCAUCGACCUGCUCUGCUUCUUCUGUCAUACCCGCUUCAAUUGCGGCCCUUCACACACACGCCCUGUCGCGCCCUUCCGCUCUCUCCAUCC